AUGAGCGAGACUCUCCUAUGCAUUCUCCUUGUGUCGUCCUCUGCGAAGGGAUCUAAUCUGGUCUAUCACUGGCCGCCUUCGUGCAAGCCGAUUCCUCGCCUCGCGCGCCCCCUUCCGACGAAUGACUUCCCCGGCGCGUUUGCAGACAACCCGUGGCGAGCCGCGAAUAGCCCAGACAACCCCACAGAGGACCCGUCAUGGCUAGAUACUGCCCUUGCACCCGAGGAUCUGACCGAGUAUUACUGGGAGAGACCCAGUGCGCGCCGCGAUAGGACCGCAUCCUUCACCCACCCUACUGCCUCGCACCCGACCUCGCGGCGCGCGUCGCCUUCCAAGGACGACAAGGCGAACCAUGACGGCGCGCACCUCGGCCAAGGACUAGGGAGCCCCUGUGACGAAUAUGACAACCUCCUUGGCUUCUCUGCGGAAUUCCUCGCGCAGGUCCUCUGUCCCCAAAGGUCCAUGUGCCAUCAGAAGUUCGAGCUCAUCGUGGACGACCUCGCGUUUAUCGGGCAUCCAGUAUGCGCGGAUUCUGACGGUGGAUGGAGGUUCAAGCAGGAAAAGGCGAAGGCCGCUGCUCGUGGACGUGGGUCUAAGAAGGGACAGUCCCCAGCUAACGAAGAAAAGACCCUCACGCCGGAGAGGAUGGAAAGGGGGGAACUGAACGACGGUAGCUUAGGACGUAACGGCCGUCUUCUGCCACCAGAUUCUGGCGGUAUGCAGACGUUCCACUUCGUUAUCGUCUUGGACCUCCCAGACCCGUCUUCCUCUGCUUCCGGAAACAUAGCGAAGUACUUCGACACCAUAUAUGAACAGAUUGCGUUUAAAGUGACUGCUGUUCUGUAUCAGGAGCAGGUCAUCAGCAGAUACGUGGAGACCGAGUGCGAUCUGCUGAGCUCGCUCAGGGAUGACUUCGCAAACCGAGGAGAAUCGUAUGCAGAUUUCGUGUACGAAGCCUUGAAAAUAUCUACCAUCGCACCAGCUAUGAAGACGCUGUAUGAGUCUAUCAAGGAUAAUACCAUCGCCAGCGUAACCCUCAACGACCUCCCUCUCGAGCUACAACUGCCCCCAUACCUCGACUCCCUCCUCCAUGCCAUCGAAGACGUCGAUUGCGAGGGCGACAUUGCCGACGAGUACAGUGAGCCGAACGCAUGGGGUCCUGAGAUGAGCUUCGCGUGGAGGCUGCCCGCGCUCACGCCCUGGAAAGCCCUCCUGCGCAUCGACGACGAAGACGACGAGCAGGGGUACCAGCUAUAUAUGCAGCUACGCGCGGCGCAGCUCCAUCCCGAGGAGCGGGAGCUCGCGGAGCAGCUCAUAAGGUUCAUCGACUUGGCCUCAGUGAUGCUGAGCCUAGCGGAGAUGGCGAGCUUGCUCGACUGGCACUUGGAGUCGCAGGUAUAUCCUGCUGUGCGCUGGCUCGUGUUGCACCGGCGUGCAAAGAUCGUGGACGUCGUUCACCCCAGCCUGAAGACGGUGUUCUCGGUCCCUCAGAGGUUCCCUUCGCCGCUCGCGACACUCUCCGAGGAAUUCUCAAAGCGCUUUGCCCAAGCAGACGUCCCGCCUCUCCCCAAACUCCUCGCAAUGAUCUCCACCGCGACGCAUAAGCAGACCACGAACCAUUUCUACGCGACCGUCGUGAAGUCCAAGGAGUACAUCCCCCUCUACGUCGACGUUGUGCUCUGGAUGCUCAAGCGCGAUCUCCUCAUCCGCCUCCACCUCCGCAUCCGCAUCAUCGCCACCGAGGAGCUCAAAAAGCGCGUCCGGCAGAGAUGGGAGGAGCACGUUGCACGUAAGCGGUCCCGCUCGCGCCCGCGCAGUAUCAGUCGCACCCGCGCUAGUCGGCGGAGGGGCAGCGAGAGCAACAGCCGUGACCUCGGGCGCGAAGACGACACGGGUGAGAAGGCGGGCCUGAACUUGGAGACUGUGUCGGAAUCGAGCCCUGUCGAAUACUGGGUGUCGCUGUCGCCCAAAACGAUGCGGAAGCAGACGCGGCGGGGGGCGGAUGAGCAUGGCAAGCCCGCGGACGGGGCGCGCGAAGAGGGCGACGGGGAGGAAGAAGACACAGAGCGGCACGAGCGCGAGAAGCACGACGAUCUCGAUGAGGAGUUCUUGUCGAGCAGCGCGGACGAGACGAAGUGGGAAGAGUACUACCAGAACGGCGGCAACGACAACAUCCCGUCCAUGAUCAGCGACCCUGCGCGCGCGACGCCGCUCGAGAGGAGGUGGCUUGCGGGAAUGUCAGAAGGAAAGGAGCCGCAUAUAGUCAGGCGCUUCGAGCGCAUUCACCAGUACUUUGAUGGCAAGUGCUCGGACGACGAAAUCCUAUACAGUGCAGAAAUAUCGCGCAAGCAGCUCCGAGAAGUGCUCCACCACUACGAAGAAUACUUACAAACGUUUCUCCAUCCGUCAUAA